AUGGUAGUGAGACUGCGCUUGGCUCGGUGGGGACGGAAGGACUUGCCGUUCUACCGCAUUGUUGCAGCCGACGCUCGUGCGCCGCGGGAUGGCAAACACCUCGAGAUCCUUGGCACGUUCAACCCCCUUGCAGCGAGCGAUGGGGUCAAGGAGCUCCGUGUGAACAGCCAGCGCGUGCGCUAUUGGAUGUCCGUGGGCGCGCAGCCUUCCGACCGCGUGGCGCACCUCCUGGGGCUUGCCAACGUGCUGCCCAUGCCUCCUACUCGUCAGUACACGAAGAAGAGUGUCCCCAAGAAGGACCGCGAGGCCAAGACGGCGUAG